AUGAAUCUGCCCGCUGGCCUGAAGUCGGCAUCCUGGUUAUCUCUGCGCUUUGAUAUGGAUCUGCCCGCUGGCUUGAAGCCGGCAUCGUGGUCAGCCCUGCGGUUUGACGUAGACCUGGCUGCUCGCUUGAAGUCGGCAUCCUGGUUAUCUCUGCGCUUUGAUAUGGAUCUGCCCGCUGGCUUGAAGCCGGCAUCAUGGUCAGCCCCGCGGUUUGACGUAGACCUGGCUGCUCGCUUGAAGUCGGCAUCCUGGGUAUCUCUGCGCUUUGACGUGAAUCCGCCCGCUGGCCUGAAGUCGGCAUCCUGGUUAUCUCUGCGCUUUGAUAUGAAUCUGCCCGCUGGCCUGAAGUUGGCAUCCUGGUUAUCUCUGCGCUUUGACGUGAAUCCGCCCGCUGGCCUGAAGUCGGCAUCCUGGUUAUCUCUGCGCUUUGACGUGAAUCUGCCCGCCGGCCUGAAGUCGGCAUCCUGGUUAUCUCUGCGCUUUGACGUGAAUCCGCCCGCUGGCCUGAAGUCGGCAUCCUGGUUAUCUCUGCGGUUGGAUGUAGACCUGGCUGCUCGCUUGAAGUUGGCAUCGUGGUCAGCCCUGCGGUUGGACGUAGACCUGGCUGCUCGCUUGAAGUUGGCAUUGUGGUCAGCCCUGCGGUUGGACGUAGACCUGGCUGCUCCAUUGAAGUUGGCAUCGUGGUUAGCCCUGCGGUUGGACGUAGACCUGGCUGCUUGUUUGAAGUUGGCAUUGUGGUUAGCCCUGCGGUUGGACGUAGACCUGGCUGCUCGCUUGAAGUUGGCAUUGUGGUCAGCCCUGUGGUUGGACGUAGACCUGGCUGCUCGCUUGAAGUUGGCAUUGUGGUCGAAUCCUCUGUGGUUCGACGUGGAUGCGCCCGAUUACGAUCGUUAG